AUGAAUGUAUGGCAUAGGGAUAGAAGCGGUCAAACCUCCACUCUUUUAACCCAUUUCUUUUUCCUUUGGGAUUCCCAUCCUUUUCGUCCCUUUCUUUGCAAACAAACAAUUCUUAAUGAAAGGGAAAGCUCCCAUCAUUACACUCAUCAAACCAAAACAAAAGCCCGUUUCACCAUUUUGCGGCACUCACUUUCCCUCUCACAACACAUUGCUUUAUAUGUGCAUCAUCCAUCGAAACCCAUUACCAUCUCUCUCAUCCUUCUCUUCCUUUCACUUCAUGCUUCCAUUUCCAUACUUGCACAAUUUCGGCAUUAUUCAAUUCAAUCCCCAAAAUGUGGAUAUAGUGUAGCGUAUGUUAAGAAAGCAAAGAUCAACGGAGUUUUCAAAUGA